AUGACCAAUCCUCAAACCCCACUCUCCCCCUCCCACUUCCACCGCAUAACCAACACCGCCAACCCCUCCAACCCCACCCUCGACAUCGUCAACGACCACGGCACCCAAAGCAGCACUGGCCUCCUCAAACUAACCCGCGAAGGUUACUACUCAGGCCAAUACUGGGCCUUCAUACCCUCAGCCUCAGACCCCAAUGCCGUCCGCCUCCGCACAUGGUGGCUAGGCCCAAACCGGCUCCUCGAUGUCUACGCAGACGACACGUCGAAAGCGCUGUUGAGGCGGGCGGACGACACACCGCAUGCGCUUGAUUGGAAGGUGGGCGAGUGGGGCGAUGGGACGUGGUGGAUUGGGAAUGAAGUGAGUGGUGUACUGAAGGUUAUGGAUGUUGGUGGGGAGGACGGGAGGAGGGUUGUGUUGAGGGAGAAGGAUGAGGGGGUUAAGACGCAGAGGUGGAGGAUUGAGGUUAUCAGGGAGAUUAGUGAGGACGAGUUUUAUGAUAGACCUGCUACACCAGGGGAGGGAGAGGGCUGCUAG